CAUUCUCACCACGAUCCCACGAGCACCUCUCCCUCCCAACUCCCAACCGCAGCCUCAAGUCGAUCCCGCGAACACCUCCCUCGACCUCACGCCACCGUCCAGCCCCGUAGCCAGCCCCAGUGCUCCGGCGAUCCGGCCUCUCCAGACUCCAGAGUCCAGACGCGCGCGUCUCCGCCCCCCUCGGCCGACCCCGACGCAGCCACAUGUCGACGCAGUCCAUUUCGCCGGCGUCCGCGGCCGCGCAGUUCACCUACCCCGCUGCGGCGGCGGCCGCGGCCGCGGCCACGGGCUCGUCCUACUUCCCCGUGCCAUUCCACCUCCAGAACGCGCAGUACGCCGCAUGGCCAGCGGGGGCCGCAGCUGCCGCGCCGCCGGUGCCUGCGUACAACGCCAUCUACCCUAUGCCCCAAAUCCAGCAGGCCCAACAGUUGUUCCAAAAAGACUCGAACAUAAUUACUCCUGAAGCUCUAGCUACUGUUAAGGCAGCUAUUGCAAAUAGUGAGAAAGACAAGAAGGUUGAAGCAACAAAAAAGGCAGUGCCUCGAAAGGCGGCUGGGCAAAGUUGGGAAGACCCUACCUUGGCUGAUUGGCCUGAAAAUGAUUUCCGUUUGUUCUGUGGUGAUCUUGGAAAUGAAGUGAAUGAUGAUGUUCUUGCAAAGACAUUCUCAAAAUAUCCAUCCUUCAGUAUGGCCAGGGUUAUACGGGACAAGUGGACUGGUAAAACUAAAGGAUAUGGUUUUGUUAGUUUUGCUAAUGCAUCUGAUCUUACUUCUGCCUUGAAGGAGAUGAAUGGUAAAUAUGUCGGAAACCGGCCAAUCAAAUUACGGAAGAGCACAUGGAAGAACAGGAUAGACUUCGAAUCUUUGGAGAAGGGAAAGACUCAACCACAGAAGAAAAUCAAACUGCAGAAAAGGAGUGUUCUUCACAAGUGAAACUGAAAAAAUCUGCUUGUUCAUCGUCUGUCAGUAUCUAUCACAGUUGGGAGGGUUGUCGGCAGCUUUAACAGUUUAGCUUAACAUCAGGUGUACCGUGUGCGUCUACUCUGCCAAUCGCUGUUGAUGCUAUGUUGAUGAUUGAACGGGUGUAGCCGAAUACUUGCAUCCAAUAACUUGCACCUGUGGUGUAACGUUCCAAUCUUACUAUGGAAAAUGUAGUUGUAAAUACUGCAGUGACCAGUGCUAUUGUGAUGAAUUAUUCGGUGAUUUUAUUCAGAAAUUCGUGUAUAUAA